AUGGAAACAUGUCUUCUCGGUUCCACUCAGUUGGGUAAUGGGGCAAACAUCAACUCCAUCGACACUCUUGGGAAAGUGGUUAGUCGGCUACCUGUUCAUUUGAGGUCGAAAUGGGCAGAGAAAGCAAGCCAGCUAUAUGAUAAGCAUGUUACACCAGAUUUCUCCCACUUAACAGAGUUUGUUCAAUCUCGUGCUGCAGUAGCAAAUACCUAUUUUGGUCAGAUCAUCGGUUCGAAAGUUGAUAUGAGAAAGGACGGUGGAGAUAAAGGAAGGAGAAACCCACCCUUCUUUAAAGGAAACAACACAAGUUUGGCGACAUACGGACAGAAUGUAGAAGAUGUUGGUAACGAGUCGAAAGGCAGAAAUUUGUUGUGCGUCCUGUGCAAAGGUUCCCACCAUCUUGAACGUUGCCACAAGUUUAGAGCUCAGAAUCUUCAGCAGAGGAGAGAUUUAAUAAAGUCUAAGAGAGUUUGUCAUGCUUGUCUCAGCCCGGGACACUUUGUAAAGAAUUGCAGAGGGGCUCGCAUGUGCGGUGUUGAAGGUUGCCAAAGAAGACACCACCCUUUACUGCAUUCGUCCGAAAAGGAAGUCAAACCUCCCCAAGCAGAUCCUGGUGCAGAGUCCGGUUCAGCUCCUGAGAACAACCGGUCUACGCAAGAUAUGCAAUCUGGUGGACAUAAUCUAUCUGGUGUUGGUGCAACAAAUUCCUCGUCUCGCAGCUAUCGUAUUGGCCUUCAAGUUGUUCCUGUCAGGGUCAGUGCACCUUAUGGUAAUCACGUUAUUGAAACUUAUGCGUUUUUGGACAGUGGGUCAAACACGACUAUGUGCUUGUCCAGCUUAGCUGAAGAUCUUGGUGCUGAUUGUACGCCUGUUGAGUUUACCUUGUCAACUGUGUCGGGAAACCAGAAACGAAAUGGCCAACAAUUGUCUCUCGAUGUUGUCGGAGUAGCCACUGGAAAGGGUGUUAGAUUAAAUAAAGUGUGGACAACAGAUAGUUUACCAGUAGCCCCAGAGAGCAUUCCAACGACUAGUGACGUGCAAGAUUGGUCUUAUCUUAAGGAUGUUGACAUUAGUGAUUUAGUGGAUAAGAAGGUAACCAUUCUGAUUGGAAGUGACGUCCCGGAAGCUCUUUGUCCUCUUGAAGUACGUGCGGGGAAGAAGAACCAACCUCAUGCAAUAAGAACAAUUUUAGGCUGGACGGUGAUGGGACCUCUGAAGGGAAACAGUUACCAGGAAGCUCAGUUAAACUGUAUCCAUGUUGACCAAGCGCUCGGUUGCAAAGAAGACGUGAAGGGCAUGAGUUCUAUUCAUGAGCAAUUAGAAAGUCUAUAUAACUCUGAGUUUAGUGAAUCGACAGCCGACCUGAAGGAAUGUCUUUCGAUCGAAGACCGUCGUGCGAAGGCAAUGAUGGACAGUUCCGUUAAACUUAAAGAUGGGCACUACGAGAUUGGCCUUCCAUGGAAGUAUAGUGAACCAACCUUACCGAAUGAUAGAUCUAUGGCAGAAAAGAGACUGGGCUAUUUGAAGAAAAGACUGGAGAGAGAUCCCACCCUUCAUGCUAAAUAUAAGGCGACAAUGGAGGAAUACAUCUCGAAGGGACAUGCCAAGAGAGUUCAACCGAAUGAAGGCGAUAAUCCGGAUGGUUCAUCACCUAAGAAACCGAUCUGGUACUUACCCCAUCACCCUGUGACCCAUCCACAAAAGCCAGAGAAGGUGAGAAUUGUUUUCGACUGUGCUGCAAAGUACCACAAUACAUCCCUCAACGAUCACCUACUUCAAGGACCCGACUUUACAAAUUCGUUAGUUGGCGUGUUGUUGCGAUUCCGUCAAGAAAGAGUAGCUGUGAUGGCUGACAUAGAGAAGAUGUUUCAUCAAGUCAACGUCAAGGAACAAGACCGUGAAGCGCUGAGAUUUCUGUGGUGGCCAGAAGGAGACCUGUCGAAAGAACCAGUUGAACACCAAAUGACCGUUCAUUUGUUCGGCGCAACAUCUUCGCCAAGUUGUUGUUCGUAUGCAUUAAAGAAGACCGCCGAAGAUAAUAAGCAGGACUUCAGUAAGCAAGUCAUUGACACGGUGAAUCGUGACUUUUAUGUAGACGAUUGCUUGAAAUCGUUACCAACUAAAGAAGAAGCUGUCAAUUUAGUGGAAGAGCUCCCGGUAUUGUUGUCUCGCGGCGGGUUCCGACUUACCAAAUGGUUGUCGAAUGAAAGAGAAGUAUUAUCCCACGUGCCAGAUAACGAAAGAGCGCCAUGCGUCAGUUUGCAAUUGGAACAUUUACCAAAGGAUAAAGCGUUGGGUGUUCAAUGGAACACAGAAACGGACAGCCUAGGAUUUCGUAAUGGAAACCUCAAAGCAGAAACCAGAAGAGGAAUUUUAUCCUUCGUCGCGUCUGUUUAUGAUCCACUCGGUUUAGUUGCUCCUGUUGUUUUGCCAGCGAAGCGUAUGUUACAGGAACUUUGUCGAAGUGGUCGUGGAUGGGACGAAGAACUUCCGAAAGAGAUCAGCACGGAAUGGCAAACCUGGCAGAACGAGUCCCAGUCGCUUACAACAACCGAAAUUCCAAGAUGUUACAAACCUCCAGGAUUCAAAGAAAUAAAGAGUGCGGAGCUUCACCACUUUGCUGACGCGUCGACCGGUGGAUAUGGUACAGCGUCAUACCUUCGCUUAGAAGACACGUGUGGAAAGAUUCAUUGUAGCUUGGUUAUGGGUAAAGCUAGAGUGGCCCCCCUGAAAACAGUCACGGUACCGAGACUGGAACUGACCGCCGCAACCCUUGCUGUGAAAGUAGAUAAACAGAUUCGCGAAGAGCUAGAUAUACCCAUUGAUCGUGUUAUCUUUUGGACGGACUCCACCAUAGUACUUCGCUACAUCGCUAACACGUCGAAAAGGUUUCAAACCUUCGUGGCAAACCGACUUCAGAUCAUCCAUGAUGCGUCGUCUCCUUGUCAGUGGCGCCACGUGCCAACUAAGUUGAAUCCAGCAGACCUUGCAUCGAGAGGUCUGAGCAUCGGUGGUACAGAUCGAGAUGAGCGCAACCUGAAAUUUUGGUUCAAUGGUCCCGAUUUCUUGUGGCAAGAUUACCGAUCGUGGCCGGAGCAACCAAGUGAUCUACCCGAAGUAGACGACACAGACGUGGAGGUAAAAAGAAACAAGGCGAAUGUUGGUGCUGUCAUUGUAUCUGAGAACGCAAUUCCUGAGUCGUUAAGUCGUCUUAUCCAUCGACCGUCGUGUUGGUAUCGAUUACAGAAGUCGGUCGCAUGGCUGCUAAGAUUCAAGCAGUAUUUAUUGUCUCGAUGUGGAAAGGUUCCAGAAUCGGACGUGCCACGCGGUCCAUUAAAGGUUAAAGAAAUCGAACAGGCAGCCGUAGAAAUAGUAAAGAUUACUCAGAGAGAAGCAUCGAUUAACAAGCAAAGCUCCAAGGAACGAUUUGCUAAAUUAAGUCCAGUUAUUAGCGAAGAUAUCGUGAGAGUUGGUGGACGUCUGGAAAAGUCGUCAUUACCAGAAGAGUCGAAGCAUCCUGCCAUUCUUCCCUGCAACCACCACGUCACGAAGCUUAUCGUGCGUUACUAUCACGUGAAAGAAGGUCACGCUGGAACAACCCAAACCUUAGCAGCAAUUCGACAGAAAUAUUGGAUCGUGAAAGGGCCAAGCACGGUAAAGAAUAUCAUUAACGAGUGUGUAGCUUGUCGUCGUCGAAACCAACCGCCAGGUAAACAGAUUAUGGCACCACUUCCAGAAGCCCGAGUCACACCAGGCGAACCUCCGUUUUCAUCCGUGGGUAUCGAUUACUUUGGCCCUCUGAAAGUGAAAUAUAAAAGAGGAACUGUAAAACGUUAUGGCUGCGUUUUCACCUGUUUAGCCAUAAGAGCCAUACACAUCGAGAUUGCUCACGACCUUUCAACGGAUUCUUUCAUUCAAGCGGUGUCCAGAUUCGUUAGCAGACGUGGCCCACCUAAAGAAUUGUUCAGCGACAAUGGAACUAAUUUCCGUGGAGCAGAAGCCGAAGUUAAGCAGAUGUUACAGAAUUGGAAUCAAACAAAGAUCUUGGAUCGCCUCAGGAAGCAAGGUAUUCAAUGGCAUUUCUCUGCACCAUAUGCAAGUCACACCGGCGGGGUAUGGGAGCGAAUGAUCAGAACGGUUCGAAAGAAUAUGCGUGCUCUUGUCGGUGAUCGACUGGUUGACGACGAAACUCUCCUAACUGUGAUGUGUGAAGUAGAGAAAAUGAUCAACGAUCGCCCUCUUACACGACAAUGUGACGACCCUCGUGAUUUGGCAGCUCUGACACCCAACACCUUACUCCUAAGUUAUCGAAAUCGAAGUAGUUCGGCAAACACCUCAGCGUCGACUCAUAACCUUCGAGAGAAAUGGAAGUUAGCGCACAAAUUAGCUGACGAAUUCUGGGCAAGAUGGUUGAAAGAGUACCUGCCAAGCUUACAGGAGAGGCAGAGAUGGCUGUUUCCCAGACGAAAUUUAACCAAAGGAGAUAUUGUAUUGAUGGUGAAGGAGGAUUCUCCACGAGGUGAAUGGCCUCUAGCAGCAGUUGAAGAAUCGUAUCCAGAUAAGAAUGGACAUGUUAGACAAAUGUUGAUUCGUGCAGCCAAUCAGACUCAAUAUCGACGUGAUGUUAGGAAAUUGUGUCUACUGGAGAAAUCCGACUCGGAGUAA